AUGACCGCAAAAAAUCCGCGCACAGGCAGCUUUCGUAUACUAACCAUAGUAAUAAAAUUAGGCACCUCUUCGAUAUGCGAAGAAGAGUCACAUUUACCCUUACUCUCAAACAUAUCCCACCUAAUCGAGACAAUAGUGAAACUGCGAAGACUAGGACACCGAGUUGUGUUAGUGACAAGUGGGGCGAUUGGUGUUGGUUUAAGACGACUUGAAAUGGAAAAAAAGCCAAAGAAGUUGGCAACUAUACAGGCAGUUGCAGCCGUCGGACAAGGCAGAUUAAUGCGAAUGUACGAUGAUUUAUUCAGUCAGCUUAAUCAGCCUAUCGCGCAGAUUCUCUUGACGCGUAAUGACAUUGCUGAUCGUACACAGUAUCGGAACGCUGUAAACACCUUCUCGGAGUUACUGACUAUUGGUGUGGUGCCUAUAGUAAACGAGAAUGAUACGAUUUCUGUUAGCGAAAUUAGAUUUGGUGAUAAUGAUACUUUAUCGGCGAUAGCAGCCAAGAUGGUUAAUGCAGAUUAUUUGUUUCUAAUGACAGACGUAGAUUGUUUGUGUACCGAUAAUCCACGUGAGAAUCCUGAUGCUAAGCCGGUAGAGAUUGUUAAAGAUGUUGGUGCAUUAAGAGAGCAAGUGAGGAUAUCUUCACCCGGCAGCGCACUAGGCACCGGCGGAAUGACCACAAAACUAACAGCAGCCGAUCUCGCAACAGCAGCCGGCGUCACAACCGUAAUAUGUCGCGGCUCAGCUCCACAAAACAUCUUAUCCAUAAUUUCACAUCUCUCCAUAAACCCCACAAUCACAACAUCAGACGAUUCCUCCGUCCCAUUACAUACGCGUUUUCUCGCAAAGAAAAACCCAUUGGCGGAUCGUAAAUGGUGGAUAUUACAUGGACUACACACGGCCGGCACCUUAGUGAUUGACGAGGGGGCUUACAAAGCGCUCACUCGACCAGGCCAGUCGAGUAGUUUGUUCGCUGCUGGGAUUGUGAGGGUCGAGGGAAAUUUUGUCGCCGAUCAAGCGGUUAAAGUUGUUGUGGAGUUGGAGAAACGAAAUUUGAAUAGUAACAGUGACGAAGGUGGUGGAAAUGGUGAAACAAAAGAAAUUGGUAAAGGAUUAGUGAAUUAUUCGUCUGUUGAGAUAACGAGAAUUAAGGGACAUCAGAGUUCUGAAAUUGCAGAGUUGUUAGGUUACGCUGAUUCUGAAUGUAUUAUACAUCGACCAGCAAACGCGUUAAAAGAGCUGAUAGAAAACUCGUUGGACGCUGGGUCAACUAAAAUUCAAAUUACCGUCAAAGACGGAGGACUUAAGCUUUUACAGAUUCAAGAUAAUGGGCAUGGAAUACGAAGAGAAGAUAUGGCUAUUGUGUGUGAACGGUUUACCACGAGUAAACUCAAAAGCUUUGAAGAUCUGUCAACUAUUGGCACUUAUGGUUUUCGGGGGGAAGCUUUGGCGAGUAUUACUUACGUUGCACAUGUUACUAUUACUACAAAGACUGUCGACUCUAAUUGUGCAUAUCGAGCUCAUUAUUCCGACGGUAUCCUUGUUCCACCUAAGCCUGGAGUAAGUGCAGAACCAAAACCGUGUGCUGGGAAUAAUGGAACACAAAUUACGGCCGAGGAUCUUUUUUAUAAUGUGCCAGCGCGUCGAAAAGCCAUGAGGAAUUUCAGCGAAGAGUAUAAUCAAAUUAUGAAUGUUGUGAAUCGAUAUGCAAUUCAUAAUGCUGGGGUUAGCUUCACAUGUAAAAAGCAAGGUUCAAAUCAAGUUGACAUCAGUACACUGUCAACCGGAUCAAUCAUAGACAAUAUUCGCCAGGUGUAUGGAGUGAACACCGCAUCUGAGUUAAUUGAAGUCAACAAAGAAUAUCGAGAAUUCGAGGUCAAACUAAAAGGAUAUAUCUCUAAUGCUAAUUAUAGUGUCAAGAAAAUGACUUACCCGUUUCUUUAUUUAAGUCUUGACAUUAAUCCGAAAAAUGUGGAUGUUAACGUUCAUCCUACUAAGCGUGAGGUACUUUUUUUGCAUGAAGAUGAAAUAAUCGGGAGAAUCUGUGAUGUAAUCCAAGCGAGGCUUGCCAACACAAAUUCUUCAAGAUCUUUUCUUACACAGACGUUAUUACCAGGCACAACACCUCCACUGAUUGAAUACAAUGAUGCCAAGGAAAACCAAGACAAGUUCUCAAAGUCAGCUCAAACAUAUGAUUAUAAACUUGUGAGAACUGAUUCUCGCGCACGAACUUUAGAUAAUUUUUAUGAGCCGGAAAAAUUGUUGGAACCGUUGAAUAAGAAAGCGAAAAAAGAAGCUACAUCCCCAGAUAAAGAAGACAUCGAGGAGAAAUCAAUAAAAAGCAGCUCGCAAAAAAACCGACUCUCGAGUAACCCAAAAUCAAAGAGAAAACGAAUUGAAGUGCGAUUAUCCAGUAUACUAAGUUUACGCAAACGACUCAAGGAAGAAGGGCAUCGAGGGCUCACCGAUCUGCUUGCAAAUCACACGCUUGUUGGAUGCGUUGAUGACAUGCAAACUUUGGCUCUCGUCCAACAUCAAUUAAAAUUAUAUUUAUUGGAUUAUAAUAAGCUCAGUGAAGAACUCUUCUAUCAACUGACAUUACAAGGAUUUUGUAAUUUCGGGUUCAUUCAUUUAUCGACCCCAGCUCCAGUUUACGAUCUCGUUAUCUUUGCAUUAGAAAAUAUUGAAAAUGAAGAAUUUUUUAAUAAUCUGAAACCAAAAGAUGAAAUUGCACAGAUAAUCACUAAACAAUUAUUCGAACAUCGAGAAAUGUUGCUCGAGUAUUUCGCGAUCACUAUAUCAGAGAAGGGUGAAUUGACUACUUUACCAUUGAUGCUUAAAGGAUAUGCGCCAAAUAUGGAUAAGCUUCCAAGUUUUUUGUUACGUUUGGGCACUGAGGUUGACUGGACUAUAGAACUCAAAUGCUUUGAUACACUUGCUCGCGAAAUUGGAUAUUUAUACGCAGCCGAACCACCAGAAUUUUGUGAAGAUGAUGAUGAUGAUGAUGAAGCAAAAGCGAACGAGAUAAAUGAAGAACAAAUGGAAAUAGAUGAUGACGAUGAACCUGUUAAAGGGAUGAUGGAUAUGGAACAAGAAAAAGAAGACAACUACUCUAUAGACAUCGAGAAUAACGACAAAGAAUCAAAAAAGUUAGAUUCAAAACAGCAGGAUCAAAGUUACACUAAUUUAAAGCUUAAACAGAAAGAAACAGCAUCAGCAGCACUGGUGAAAUAUCGAUGGCAAAUAGAACAUUUAAUAUUUCCGGCAUUGAAAAACAAUUUCAUUGCACCGAAAAGCUUUGCUACUGGUCGCCAAAUAAUUCAAGUUGCUAAUCUGCCGGCUUUGUAUCGUAUAUUUGAACGUUGUUAA